UGUCUGCAGCAAAUCAGACAGAGAGAGGAAAGACCGGAGAGAGGCGGGGAGGGGCCGCUCGGAGGGACACAGCCGCUGCCGGCAUUCCUGCGAUCCGCAACUUCGGAGUGUCCGUCUUCACCGUCCCGUCUGCGCCCUGGGAGGUGGCUGCCGUCUAUGCCUCCCGGACUGCAUUGAUCGCUGCCUGCUCGGAGGGGAGAAGCGCUCGUCCUGCACCGCUGGCCCGAAUCCGCUUCCCCGUCCUCCCGUACUGACCCUACCCUCCUUCCUCGGUUCUCCCCCCUCCCUCCCUUUGUUUGAUCUUCCUGGUCCCCGAGACUGCAAACGCAUCGAAGAUGCCCAGUUCGCUGUUCGCCGACAUGGAGAGGAACGGGAGCAACCAGGGAGACACCCUGGACGACCAAAGAGCCCUGCAGAUAGCACUGGACCAGCUCUCACUGCUCGACCUGGACAACGAUGACAGCUCCAUGUACGACAACGAGCCGAGGAAAAAGAGCGUGAACAUGACCGAGUGCGUUCCGGUGCCCAGUUCGGAGCAUGUAGCCGAAAUCGUGGGGAGACAAGGCUGCAAAAUCAAAGCCCUGCGAGCAAAGACCAACACCUACAUCAAGACCCCUGUGCGUGGGGAGGAGCCGGUCUUCGUGGUGACUGGCAGAAGGGAGGACGUAGCCAUGGCCAGGCGGGAGAUCAUCUCAGCUGCAGAACACUUCUCCAUGAUCCGAGCCUCCAGGAACAAGAACGGCGGCGUCAACGGCACUGGCACCUUGCCCGGGCCUCCCAGUCUGCCGGGCCAAACCACCAUCCAGGUGCGGGUGCCCUACCGGGUGGUGGGCCUGGUAGUUGGACCCAAGGGGGCCACCAUCAAGCGCAUCCAGCAGCAGACGCAUACCUACAUUGUGACGCCGAGCCGUGACAAGGAGCCAGUCUUCGAGGUGACGGGCAUGCCCGAGAAUGUGGACCGGGCGCGGGAGGAGAUCGAGGCCCACAUCGCCGUCCGCACCGGCGGUCUCGUUGAGCUGGCCGACGACAAUGACUUCCACGCCAACGGCACCGAUGUGGGCUUCGAGUUGCAGGGCCAUGCCGGCCUCUGGGGGCGCCCUUCCGCCACACGCAAGCCCUUCUCCAGCUACCGCAACGACAGCUCCAGUUCCCUGGGCAGCGCAUCCACCGAUUCCUACUUUGGUACUGGCAGCGGCUCGCGGUUAGCCGACUACAGCCCCCCCAGCCCAGAGCUCAGCUACACGGCCACUACCAACGGCAACAACAACAACAACCCCUCUAUCAACAGCCAAGCCGUCAACGGCAACGGAUUUGCAUACGCCGGCGAUGUGGUCUCCCCCGACUCUGCUGCCGAGUCGCCGCCGGGCUUCGAUCCCACCCCCACCCCACCUGGUCUUGUGUGGUCACAGUACGACCGUACCAACGGGCCCUCCUCCAGCCCCACGGCAGCCAUCUUUCCCUCAGCCGGCGAUGGCGGCGUCUUGGCAAACCCUAGGCGUGCCAGUGGCGCUGCCCCCCCAACCCAACCCCAGCUGACACCACCACUGCACCCGCUGGCCCGCCGGGUACGCAGUGAUCCUGGGGGCGGCGCACUGAGCCUCCCUGGCUACGGCCCUGCCUCCGGAUCGCUGCCCAGCGUCCCGUCCGACUCAUCGGCCUCGUCGACGUCCAGCUGCUCGUCGGGCACCAGCAGGAAGGGCAGCCGGGACUGUUCAGUCUGCUUCGAGAGUGAGGUUAUCGCCGCCCUUGUGCCCUGUGGCCACAACCUCUUCUGCAUGGAAUGCGCCAACCGCAUCUGCGAGCGCAGCGAGCCCGUCUGCCCCGUGUGCCACACGGCCGUCUCUCAGGCAAUACGCAUCUUUUCCUAGGACAGACCACGUGGGCUCAGAGAAACACGCGUGCACUCCGGCACGCCUAUGUAUGUAUGUACGUAUGUAUGUAUGGAAGGCUGCAGUAUCCAAAAACAGAGCGCCCCCUAGGGGUGAGUGGUUAUCUGUAUCUUAAUGUACUGUAGCUUCGGAGAAAUAUUUUCUGACAUUAUCUACUGCAUGUUCUAAAAGCUUAGUAAUUAAUAGUUCUGGUAAGUCGUAUGCUAUACUGAAGCCAGACUGGGGGUGGCUGGGGUACUUAUGCCGUGUCAGUCUCAGACUGUUUACAUGACCGGCUGUCCAGUUUUACUGGUGGGACGUACUGGUGGGAAACGGUAUUGGGUCAUAUGUAUUCCUGCCACAGACCGUCACCGCCAUGACUGAAUGUACUGGCAGGGGUCCCCCACGGUCCCGGUGAUUUCCGGGCUUUGGCGGGAAUUAAAAUCAGGAUUAUUGAUCCGCGAGCAUUACGAUACUGCAGCUUCAGAUUAGAAUCAGGACGCCCUGCAUAUAUAUGUAUAUGAAAAAAAUCCACAAUUUUAAGGGUUUAAAUGUUAAUUACGAUAAUACAGAUUUGAAGUAUUUUAUUCUUUUUCUUGACUUGAAAGAUUAUAUUUCGUAUUGCAAAGAUGUUUACAGAUAUUUCGAUUUGAGUUCAGUGAACUUUUUUGUAGCUAGGUUUAAAAUAUCUUUUAUUUUUAGAAUGGCCUUGUGGCAACGAACACUGUAUUGUUUUAUCACACGGCUGUGGGUUCGAGCCUGAACGUGUGUGUCACAUUAAAACAGUAUUCUGUUGGGAUGGAGGUUUUAUAAGUUUAGCAAAAAAGUCUUUUAAAUCUGCCUCACCCAGCAUAUUUUUUAAUUCCGUAAUAUAAAGCAUAUUUUAUUCUAUAUUAUUACAAAACAUAAAAUGUAUAAAGUAAGUCAAACAAAAAGAACCAUUUAUGCUUUCUUACAUUUGUAUGACUCUGAUCGCGGUGGGGAAUUACAGAGUUCCGUGGCACCACUACAAGUUUUAGUAUUUCUAUUUUAAUAAAUUUGUUUACCACUUCUUUA